AUGUAAAAGUUUAAUAUAAUUUAAAAUGGAGUUCAAAGUCACCAUUAAAACAUUUGUGGUUGGAAAUUGUAAAGUACUACAUUUCAAAUUUCUUCAAUUAAUAAUGAAAGUUUAGUUUACAUAAAAAAUGAUAGAAUCUUUUAAGCGUAAGUCUUUGUUAAGUUAUAUCAAUUUAGAGAAUAAAUGACUCAUUAAUUAAAACAAAACGAUGUUGUUAUAAACCUAGAAUUAGUGAAACAUUUAACAUCAAAAGGAUAAUAUGAUUAAUAGAAUAAUAAAAGAAAAGGAAAAUGGAAAUUUUUUUGGAAGUAAUAAAGAAUAGAUGCAGGUGGACUUUACAAUGAUAAUGGGCUUAAAGUUGGAAAAUGGAUAGAAUUGUUUGAAAAUUUUUGGGAGUAUAAUGAAUCUGAGCUCUAAUAGAAAAGCCAAAAUAUUUUAUGAAGGAGAAUAUUAAGAUGGGAAAAAAAUUGGAUAGUGGAAUAGUAUAUAUUUAGAGAAGAUAAUGUAAAUAUAAUUAAAGAAAUAUAGAGGAGGAGGUUAUUUUAAUGAUGAUGGAUUAAAGACUGGAAAAUGGAUUGAAUUACAUCCUAAUUUUUAUGAGUACAUUAUUUAGAUAUAUAAUGAAGAUUAUCUGAAAUGUUUUACGUUGGGGAAUAUCAAUUAGGAAAAAGAAUUGGAUUUUGGAAUUUAAUUAAUAAGAAGAAAUAAAUGUAAAAAAUUGAAUUAUUUUAUAGAGGUGGAGGAGUUUAUAAUGAAAAUGGAUUAAAAGAUGGUAAAUGGAUUGAACCACACGAACAUUAUUUUAAGUAUUUAAUCGUUUUCAAUAUCAGCUUUUGUUAAGUAAUAUUUGUUGGUUCAUAUUAAAAUGGAAGAAAAUGUGGAAAAUGGGAAACUUUGCACUAGCAACUAGGAAAUAUAAAUUAUAUUGUUAUUGGUGGAGGAGUAUAUGAUGAUUUUGAUGUUAAAAAUGGAAUGUGGAAAGAGCUGCAUGCUAAUUUUUAAGAGUACAUAAAUUUUUAUUGUUAAGUUUUUCAGUAGUAAUUAAUGAAGGACUUUAUUAAGAUGGUUAAAAAAUUGGAAAUUGGAAUACUUUGUAUAGAAAAUAUGGAGAUGAAGAAUUUUAGACUAUGUAACAAUAAAAUUUAAUCUUUAGAGGAUCAGGAUUUUAUGAUGAAGAUGGUUAUAAGAAUGGAAUUUGGAAGGAAGUAGAUGUCAAUUUUUGGGAGUAAAUUUUUAAUUAAUAUAAAAUUAGUGAAUGUAUAGUAUUUCAUACUGGCUAAUAUCAUAAAGGAAAGAAAUUAUACAAAUGGGAUACAUUUAAUUAAAAUUAGUUAAUGUAAUUUAAUAGCUAUUUAAUAGAGGUGGUGGCUAAUACAAUAUUGAAGGUAAGAAACAAGGUAAGUGGAUUGAUAUAGAUGAAAAUUACUCAACGUAAUAAAAAUAGUUACAAUAAUAGAUCUCGAUCAAUUUUAUAUGAAGGAGAAUACAAAAAUGGAAGAAAAGUUGGAACUUGGUCCAUCUUAAAAUAUAUUUGUAAAGAAAUAACUUUAAUCAUGUAAAUAUAUAUUGAUAAUGACAGUGGUGGUGGUACAUAUGAUGAUGGUGAAAUGAAAAAUGGAAAAUGGCAUGAGUUAUUUGAUAAUUACAGAGAGUAAAAUAAUUAUUAAUUGAUCUAGAAAUUGUUAAGCUAUUUAGAUAGGUAGCUAUAUGAAUGGAAAAAUUUAUGGAAAUUGGAAUUAUAUUUAUAAGCACUAUAAUUCAUUAAAUUUUCAUAAAAUGUAAAUUUUAUUAUAUUAAACUAGAGGCGGAGGAUAAUAUGAUAACAAUGGAAAAAGGGAUGGAGUAUGGUUGGAAUUAUAUGAAAAUUUUUCAGAGUAUUAUUUUAUUGGAUUUAUUUUUAGAAAUUGUUAAGUCAUUUUAGUGGGAGAAUAUCAAAAUGGUUAUAAACAAGGAAGAUGGAAUUCAUUUUUUAGAGGUUGUAAUGAAUAUACUUAUAAAACACUGUAAAUUUUCAUUAAAGACAUUAAUUAGUGGAGGAGGUAUUUAUUAAGAGGAUGGUUUAAAAAAUGGAAAAUGGAUAGAAAUACAUGAAAACUUUUCAAAGUAUUAAUAAUCAAUUAUUGUCUUUUAGUUAUUGGUAGCAAAUAAUUGAUGUCGAAUAUUAAAAUGGCAUUAAACAGAAAAUAAUAUGA